AGCGAUUGGACAGUUUAAAAAGCACCGCCAUUACAUUUUUCACUUAAAGUUAACUGCCCAAACUGAGUCUUCGUCGCGCUCCGUCUCUUGCGUACACGCGCAAACGGCCGUUUUGUUUGGUGAGUAUAUGCGCACUUUUGUCGAAAUGGCUGAUGACUGCGUCCGUGAUCCAGCGGGCAGAUACGAGUUCGACGCGCCUUCCCACGUCGUCGACUUCAAGCAGUUGGCCAACGAGCCUUGCGACGAUGAAUGGUUCGAUCGCCGAGCUGUUGAUCAGCCACAUUAUGCAACACCUAAACACACAGCCACUGUGGGCCCAAUGAGAAUUGCCGUAACAGAUGCUGUUUCUAAGGCUGCUGACCCCACACCACCUGACUGCGGUGCAGUGGCAAAGAUACAGAAGGGAGAUGAACCACGCAGGGUUUCAAAGCGUAAGAGGCUUGUUGGUUUGUCUUCUCAAGACCCCAAAAAAUCUAAAAACACCGAGAACCAUGUGGAUACAAGCCAUGAUGUCAACAAUGAAAUGGAACAGAAUUGUGAUGCAGAAAAGGAAUUGAAUUCAUCUGACAGUCGACCUCAAGCAGAAUCUUCAUCAGCGGAUUUGCUCAGUGGUUACAGUGCAGACAGACCUGGGAGGCUUCUCAGGAGCCACAAGAAAAAGAUGACCAAAAACCCCUAUGUACCAGUGGCCCAGCAUAUAAUGCAGUUACAGACGCGAACCCCUCAACGCUUCCAUGAGCUGAGUCGGCAGGAAAGAGCCAAAGGCCCGCCCAAAGCUAAGGCACAACGACUGCGGCUCACUCGGCCUCAGUCGCCAAAGUUCGCAACAAGACUGAGGAGCAGACCAUCCACUGUUAAGAGCAGUGCUCAACUGGAAGCCGAAGAGGAAGAACACAAGUCAACUUUCAAGGCCCAAGCGCUGAACAAAAAAAUUCUCGAGAGAAGAGAUGCUGUGAAGAAGCCAGUGGUGAAGGAGCCCACUGUACAAGAGGCUUUCACCAUGCACAUUGAAAAGAGGCUCCAGGAGAGGCAGAAUACCAAGUCCCAAGCUGAGCCACAGUCCACUUUCAAAGCACAAGAACUGCCAAAGAAAAUCCUGGAAGGAGUCGUGGGAGUGCCAGAGAGGAAAGUGAAGCAACCAACUGUGGCGCAUUCGCCGGCCUUCACUCUCACAAAGAAAGAUCAUCAUAUUGAUGUGAAAGCCGAAGAAGUGAAGCCCCUCCCUUCAAUCAAGCAUACACCGGUUCCUCAAUUUGGCACGCCAUUCCAGCCCAUGCUGCAGGACAAGAGACACACAGAGGUGUGUCCUUUCUCCUUUGAGCAGAGGGAACAAGAGAGGAAAAAACUUAAGGACAUCAAGGAGCAGCAGGAGGAGGAGGUGCAGGUUCCGCUCUUCAAGGCUCAGCCACUGCCACACUUUGACAAAGUCAGUCUUCCUGAAAGGAAGAAGCUGGAAGCCACAAAGCCUGAGCCCUUCAGACUUCUGCUGGAUGAACGCGGCACAGUCAAGAGUGACCGCUUGGAGCAAAUGAUGAAAGAGGAGCAGAAAAAAAUAAAGGAGACAGCAACAUUUAAAGCCAGGCCGAACAAAGUCACCCAAAAAGAACCUUUCCAGCCGAAAAAGGAAGAUCGCCCUGCAUUGGUUGUAGAGUCCUUUGAGCUGGCAACAGAGCGUCGUGCCCGAAACCGUGAUGAGUUUCAGCAGCAUCUUUGUGAGAAGGAGGCUGUCGCGGCGCUUCUAAAAGAGAAACUGCGGCAGGAGGAGGAAGAGAAGCAGAAAAUGGAUCUCGCUAAACUUCGACAACAACAAGUUCACAAGGCGCAACCCAUUCGCCACUACAGGAGCGUGGAGGUGAAGAAGAGUGACGUUCCACUCACAAUCCCACAGUCUCCAAACCUUUCUGACCGCUUUCGCUUAUAAUCAUUCUUCCUUUGUUUUUAUUUCCUUGUUCUGUCUGUAUUUGCUGUUAUUGCAUUAAAGUUCACAUGUUAAAAAU